CAGAAGCCCGCGAUAUCACGCCUCCGACUGACGCCACGAGCCUUGUUUGUUUUAUUUGACAUUACUCGUGCGAUUCAGCACUCCUACAGCCUAUUUAUCCUUCGUGACCUGAUCUGCGUUCAGCUAUCACUGAGCUCCAAAACCGAGGAAGAGGAGGGUCUUCGCGACACCCCCUCCAGCCCUAAACCUCACCCCUGACGAAGAUUACAAGCAUUCCUGGAGUCAGUUCUUGAGAAGAUCCACGGGGCUCGAUCCAUCUCGGCUCUACAGAAUGGCGUUGUGGGAAAGACUCUUCCAAAUUCUUGUGUGUCCACCCUGGUUGCGAUAGAGAGACACACAAAGACCUGCUGCUGAAAACGGGAAACUGACAUUUUAGGCAUUCGUCAGACACUGCUGCUUGGAGAUACAUGCGCGCAUCGCUGCGCGGUAAGAUGCGCUGUUUUUCAGCACGCGAGCGGGCGCAUGCCAUGCUGUAGCGCUGCACAUCUUGAGCCGCAGCCAAAUGGCAAGAGCAAGCGCGACCAAAGCGCUCUGACGUUCGCGGAGGACUAGACGUAUGAUGUGGUCAAAGGAAGCGUUUCUCCCUGCGUGCUGAGCGCGUGAUGAUGAACAGCUGCUGCCGUGGGACAAGUCACCGGUGCGUCCACCACACUCCGUGGAGUCCAGACCUCACCCUCCUGGCCAAACACGUUUGGCUAGCCCUCCUUACACACACCUGCACAUAGCUGUCUCUUUUUUUUUAUUUUAUUUUUUUUUAUUUUGGAACUAGUAUAGUUAAAUAGAACAGCGGGUGUGGAAACAAUGGAAUUAUCUGAGGUGCGGUGUUCCAGCGCGAGCGAGGAGCUGUACACCAUCAACAAAACCCCCACUAACAACAGCGGGAACCGACCCAAGCGUUUGCUGUGGCAGAAUGCCGUGCGACACAUCACCGAGCAACGCUUCAUUCAUGAACACAGCCCGAAGCCCGUCUCACCGGACGAGCCUCACGAGCAGGGCUCGCGCAAACACUCCGCCGGCAGGACCUCGGUGAGCGACCGGCACAACAACGGUGGCACAAAAGUCUUCCCCGAGCGCUCGAGCAGCGACCUGGGUUUCCUGCAGAUCGACUGCGCGCCCAGCAACUCCGACUUCUUCUUGAGCUGGGGCUACACGUACCGCGGGGUGAUCUUCCCCACCCUGCGUUACGCCUUCAAGUCCAGGGAUCUCGAGCGCCUGUACCAGCGCUACUUUCUGGGCCAGCGACGGAAGUCCGUGGUGGUCAUGAACAUUCUGGACGUGGUGACCAAGCUGACCCUGCUCGUGCUACACCUGACUCUGGCCUCCACACCGAUGGACCCGAUCAAAGGGAUGCUUCUCGGGUUUUUCACGGGCAUCGAGGUGGUCAUCUGCGCGCUCGUGGUGGUGCGCAAGGACACAAGCUCGCACGGUUACCUGCAAUACAGCGGCGCGGUGACCUGGGUCGCUUUGGCCACGCAGAUCCUCGCGACGGGACUGGGGUACGGCUUGCUCGGUGAUGGGAUAGGGUACGUGCUCUUCACGCUCUUUGCCACCUACAGCAUGCUGCCGCUGCCUCUCACCUGGGCCAUAGUGGCGGGACUGCUGACCUCUGCUCUGCACAUCGCGCUCCAGCUGCUGGUGCCCCCUCGAAAUCAUAUUUCCACGAAUCAGCUGUUAGCUCAGGUGCUGCUGUUCUUAUGUAUAAACACUGCAGGGAUGUUUAUCAGCUACCUGUCAGACCGCGCCCAGCGACAGGCCUUUCUGGAGACACGCAGGUGCAUCGAGGCACGCCUCCGCCUGGAGACUGAAAACCAGCGACAGGAGCGCCUGGUGUUGUCGGUGCUGCCACGCUUUGUAGUGCUGGAGAUGAUAAACGACAUGACCAAUGUAGAAGACGAGACCCUACAACACCAGUUUCAUCGUAUCUACAUUCAUCGCUAUGAGAACGUUAGUAUUCUAUUUGCUGAUGUGAAGGGCUUCACCAAUCUUUCCACCACCCUCUCCGCUCAGGAACUUGUUCGAAUGCUCAACGAACUCUUUGCACGCUUUGACCGACUGGCACACGAGCAUCAUUGUCUGAGGAUCAAGAUAUUGGGGGAUUGCUAUUAUUGUGUUUCUGGCCUCCCCGAGCCCAGACCAGAUCACGCCCACUGCUGUGUUGAGAUGGGCCUCAGCAUGAUCAAAACCAUCAGGUAUGUGCGCUCAAGUACAAAGCAUGACAUAGACAUGCGUAUUGGAAUCCACUCUGGCUCGGUUCUAUGUGGAGUUCUCGGCCUUCGGAAAUGGCAGUUUGAUGUCUGGUCCUGGGAUGUUGACAUAGCCAACAAACUGGAGUCAGGGGGAAUACCCGGGAGGAUCCACAUCUCCAAAGCAGCGCUAGACUGUCUGAAUGGCGACUAUGAGGUGGAAGAGGGUCAUGGGAAGGACCGUAACGACUUCCUGCGCAGACACAACAUUGAGACCUUUCUGAUCAAACAGCCAGAGGAGAGCCUGCUCACCUUGCCUGAGGACAUCAUGAAAGAUUCCACCAACCAGUCAGAUCACAGAACCUCCAACACUUCCUUCACAGAGGGAACAUGGAGCCCUGAACUUCCCUUCCAUAACAUAGUAGGCAAACAGAAUACUCUGGCUGCGCUCACACGUCACUCCAUUAACCUGCUCCCCAACCACCUGGCUCAAGCCCUGCAUGUGCGCGCCGACUCACAGGAAAUUAAUGCUCGCAUGCAGAGCGCCAUCGCCCUGCGCAGCGGGGACAAGCUCCGCCAAGAACAUAUCUCGCCCUUCUCUCUCACCUUUAGAGAAGCGCUGCUGGAGCACAAGUACUCCCAGAUGAGAGACGAGGUGUUUAAGUCUAAUCUCGUGUGUGCCUUCAUUGUUCUCUUCUUCAUAACUGGAAUACAGAGCUUACUGCCCUCGGCAAGGAUGGUCACUAUGGUGAUACAGUUCUCCGUCCUCAUCUUGCUGCACUGUUGCCUUGUUGUCGUGACAAUGGCAGAGGAUUAUAAGUGUUUGCCGUUGGUUUUGCGAAAAGCGUGUUGCUGGGUGAACGAAACAUACGCCGCACGGAACGUCGUCAUUUUCCUCUCCAUUCUCAUCAACUUCCUGGCUGCCAUGAUCAACAUACUUUGGUGUGAUUUCGAUAAAUCCGGCUCAUUCAGGAACCAGACGUUUAAUGCAUCUGCCUCAAUCCGAGAUAUCUGUUUCUAUCCAGAGUAUUUUGUGUUUACGGGAGUGUUGGCAAUGGUGACCUGUGCGGUUUUCCUGAGACUGAACUCAGUUCUUAAGCUGGCGAUUCUGUUGAUCAUGAUCGGCAUCUACGCAUUGCUGACAGAAGCCUUCUACACACCAUUAUUCAUUCGCUAUGAUACACUUACACUUAACCAGAGCAAAAGCUUCCUGGGAACCAAGGAAACAUCUUUGCUUCUCAUGGCGAUGUUCCUUUUAGCUGUGUUCUACCACGGCCAACAGCUGGAGUAUACUGCUCGUCUGGACUUCCUAUGGCGUGUACAGGCGAAGGAGGAGAUAAAUGAGAUGCGAGAACUGCGUGAACACAAUGAGAACAUGCUCCGAAACAUUCUCCCCAGCCACGUCGCACGCCACUUCCUGGAGAAAGACAGAGACAAUGAGGAGCUCUACUCUCAGUCAUAUGAUGCAGUGGGAGUGAUGUUCGCCUCCAUUCCAGGCUUUGCUGAUUUUUACUCGCAGACGGAGAUGAAUAAUCAGGGCGUGGAGUGUUUGCGGCUGCUCAACGAGAUCAUCGCUGAUUUUGAUGAGCUGCUGGGGGAGGAGCGAUUUCAGGACAUUGAGAAGAUAAAGACCAUUGGCAGCACAUACAUGGCGGUGUCAGGGCUGUCACCUGAGAAACAACAAUGUGAGGAUAAAUGGGGACAUCUGUGUGCGCUGGCAGAUUUCGCCAUUGCUCUGAAUGAGAGCAUUCAGGAGAUCAACAAGCAUUCUUUUAACAACUUCCAACUUAGGAUUGGUAUGGCACAUGGCUCAGUGGUGGCUGGUGUCAUUGGUGCCAAAAAGCCGCAGUAUGACAUUUGGGGAAAGACGGUAAAUCUGGCAAGCAGAAUGGACAGUACUGGUGUCAGCGGGAAGAUCCAGCUACCAGAGGAAACCUACGGCAUCCUAAACGAGCGCGGCUUUGCCUUUGAGUACCGAGGCGAGAUCUACGUGAAGGGCAUCAGUGAACAGGAAGGAAAGAUCCGCACGCACUUCCUGCUAGGCCGCGUGCAGCCUAACCCGCUCAUUCUGCAGCCGCGGAAACUCACCGGCCAGUAUUCGCUCGCCGCUGUGGUGCUUGGCCUGGUUCAGUCCCUCAACCGCCAGAAACAAAAACAAAUCCUUAACGAAAAUAACAACACGAGCAUCAUGAAAGGGCACUAUAACCGCAGGACUCUGCUGGCGCCGGGCGGUUCUGAUACCAGCCAUGCCGAGGUCACAGAUAAGAGCGAGCUGGCCUAGAGAACUCGAAAAACAGACUGCACCCUUAACCAAAAGACUGAGCUGUACUUCAGACUGCUGCCGCUGACUAAGUGUCACUUUUGCUGUCUGUGUUUCUUUUUGUAUUUCUUUUGUAUUUGAAAAACAAUAAAGGGGUUUUAAU